UGAUCCAUUGUUGGUGAAGGCGGCGUGCAAAGGCAUACAGUGAGAGGCGUGCGACGACAUUGUGGGUUCGACGACAGCGGGUGAAGGCGGCGCGAGUUAGGCAGUGGCGUGAACUUGAACGGCUUGGGUUUGAAUCGAAGUUGAUUUGUUUGUGGCACGCGGAGAAGCUUCUUCGAUCCCAAUCUUAAUUGCUGGAAUUUCUUAAACUGCUUGAAACCAGUGGGUGCGACGGUGGCGCAAAUGCUGACUCGAUCAAGAGAGGAAGCGUUUGAUUAUUGCUAUUGCUCACGUGCUUCUUCAAUCUCUUAUUCUCAAUUGAUUUGAACGUGUGAAUGAUGUGGGGAGGUAAAUAUGUUUGGAGUUGGACAUUGAUGCUUCCCAAUUGAAAUCUCGUUGUCAGACUAUGCUGUGUUUAGGUAAAUUUAUUUCCCCAAACGACGUCGUGUCCCAGCAGUGGAGGCUUAGAGAAUGGGAGACGCAGUGUAGGGAAUCAGAACGCUCAAAGGAUACUCGUUCUGGCGAACAGGGUAAACGGCGAAGGCCGACAGCGUCGCUGGUGUGUGGAGUUGCUGGUCUUUGAUUCUUUGUCCUUAGAUUGCAAGUGAAUCCGUCUUUUUUCUAUAGAUUUUGGCUGGUUUGGUGUUGAUUUGGUCUAAAGGCGUUGGGCCCAGGGUUUGCGUGAUUGAAGGUGGUCUGAUCGCAGACAACCUGACGCUGGGAUUGAAGGAAGGCAAACAGAAAGUUCCACCAAGCUUGGAAACAUGUUUUUAUUUGCCUUCUACUUUCUGUGAUUGAAGGAAAUACGAAGAAAUUUGUCUCCAAUGAAUUGAGGAAUUUCUGCUUCCUCACAUGCAACACAUACACAAAAGAGGAGGCAAAGUUUUCAUUACAGCAGAGGAAAUGGCAGAAGACAAUUUGUACACAUGGUAGUGUAAGAGAAGAAAUAUGAGCACUCUUUCAACAGAACACCGUGGUCUCCUUCAAGCCAUCACUACUAUCCUCACCACCAGUCAAAUCCAAUUCCACCACCUCAAACCCUACAUUCCCCAGCUCCACAAUCACACGCUUCUUCUCUCUCUUCUCUCUUCCAAGCUUCUUGCUUCUUACCCUGUUACACUCUUCUCCUUCUUCAAGUGGCUUCAGACUCAUGCACCUGCUACCGUUUCCAUGAGCCCACAGCCUCUCCUCACUCUUCUCCCUCAUCUCUUCAGCCGUAGCAUGUUCACUGAUGCCAAGUCUCUUCUUGUCUGCUUCAUCACCUCUGAUCGCCACCAUUUACUCCACACCUCCAUUCUUCACCCUAAUCGUAACCUUCCCAGAAGCACUAAAGCCUUGCUUGAUACCUCCAUUGGAGCUUAUGUUCAAGCUGGCUAUCCCCAUCUUGCUCUUCACAUUUUCUACAAAAUGAAGCAUCUUGGGUAUCGCCCUAAUUUGCUAACUUGCAAUACACUUAUCAAUGCGCUGGUAAGAUACCCAUCUUCAGAUUCUAUUUCUUUGUCUAGAGGAGUCUUUAAUGAUGCUAUUAAACUUGGGGUGAAACCCAAUACCAACAUGUUUAACAUAAUGAUAUAUGGAUAUUGUGCGGAUAAUAAGUUCAAGUCAGCUGUUCAGCUAAAGAAUCUGAUGAGUAAAUUCGGAUGUUCCCCUGAUAAUGUCACUUAUAAUACCAUUUUGAAUGCACUUUGUAUGAGAGGUCAGCUACAUAAGGUUAGAGAAAUGUUGCAAGACAUGCAAGAUAUUGGCUUAGUGCCAAAUAGAAACACAUAUAACAUUUUGAUCCAUGGAUUUUGUAGAUCAAAAUGUGUGAAGGAAGCUGCCCGUGUUCUUGAGUUGAUGACACAAAAUAAUAUGUUGCCAGAUGUUUUUACUUACAAUACCAUGAUCAGGGGUUUUUGUAUUGAAGGUAAGAUUGAUGAGGCUAUUAGGCUUCGAGGUGAGAUGGAGAAGUUGAAAUUGAUACCUGAUGUUGUUACUUAUAAUACGUUGGUUGAUGGUUGUUUUGAGUGGCGAGGAAGUCUAGAAGCAUUUAAGUUAAUUGAAGAAAUGAGAGUUAAAGGGGUCCAGCCAAAUGGAGUGACUCACAACAUAAUGGUUAAGUGGUUCUUUAAGGAAGGUAAGAUCGAUGAAGCAAAGCAGACUUUCAUGAAAAUGGUAGAAAGAGGAUUUUCUCCAGACUGUUUUACGUAUAAUACCAUGAUUCAUGGUUAUUGUAAAGCUGGAAAGUUUAGAGAAGCGUUUAGGAUGAUGAAUGAAAUGUUAUCAAAGAGAUUGAAAACUGAUACUGUUACACUCAAUACGGUAGUACAUGCUUUGUGUGUGGAGAAGAAGCUUGAAGAGGCAUAUGAGUUAACCAUGAAGGCCAGGAAGCGAGGUUAUAUUCUUGAUGAAGUAACCUAUGGAACUCUAAUCAUGGGAUACUUUAAGGAUGAACAAACAGAAAAGGCUCUGAACCUCUGGGAUGAGAUGAAGAAGAAAUGUAUCAUCCCUAGCAUUGUCACCUAUAACACAUUAAUUAAAGGUCUUUGUAUGUAUGGAAAAACUGAUCAAGCAGUGGAGAAAUUGAAUGAGCUUCUGGAGAGGGGCUUGUCUCCUGAUGAAAUUACGUACAACAUAAUUAUUCUUGGUUACUGUUGGGAGAAAAUGGUGGAUAAAGCAUUUCAAUUCCACAACAAAAUGGUUGAGAAUUCUUUCAGGCCAGAUGUCUUUACAUGUAACAUUCUUCUUCGUGGACUUUGCAGGGAUGGAAUGCUUGAGAAGGCUCUUAAACUUUUUGACACAUGGAUCUCUAAAGGGAAGUUUGUUGAUACAGUUACAUAUAACACAUUGAUAUCUUCCCUUUGCAAAGUGGGAAGGCUUCAUGAUGCAUUUGAUCUUUUGACUGAAAUGGAAGAAAAAAAAUUGGGGCCUGAUCAUUAUACUUAUAAUGUUAUUGCUGGUGCACUUAUUAAUGCCGGUAGAACUGAGGAAGCAGAGUCUUUCAUGUCAAAACUUAAAGGGACUGAGCAAGAUGAAAAAAUUCUUGAUGCUUCCCGAGAGCGUGAUUCUUGUAGUACAAUGUACUCAGAUCGUAUAAGUGAUUUGUGCACUCAAGGGAAGUAUAUAGAGGCAAUGGAAUUAUUUCAUGAAUCAGAGCAGAAAGAAGUUACUGUAAACAAAUAUGCCUAUAUCAAGCUAAUGGACGGGAUCUUGAAGAGACGAAAAAUCAUACAAAUAUCACUUAAUUAGAAUGGUCCACAGGUUGCAGUUGAUCAUGCAUGGACUCUUAAGAGGCAUGGUUGAUUCACUAAGUCAGCUAACAAUGCUAUUCUUUCCCAUUGAAAAUUUUCUAUGGGGUAUUUUUGAGAGUGGCAAUAUUGCAAUUGAAGCAAGCUACGGUUGAGAUUUGGCUCCAGGAUGGAUGUACAUGGGGCUUUCUUCAUGGAAUUGGAGAUAACCUUUGUUGCGAGGUUCCAUUUUAUGUUGCUCUUGGGGCUUUAUGCUGAAUCCAAAAAGUUAAGGGAAAGUAGGAAAUGCUGUUAUAUUUGCUUCAGUAAUUGAGCUUACUGCAUACCAAAUCAGCAGCUGAUAUUCAGAUCAUAUCUCUGCUAAGUGGAGACGGAAAUUUGGCUGGGUAUGGCAUCAAGUUAUACAAGGAAAAAGGUUAUGUAAUGGAAUCAUUGGGUGGAAAAGCAAAACAAUUUCCGUGGCUGGCCGCAUCACUGUGGCCAAAUCGGUGCUCAUGACAAUUCCAUUUUACAAGAUGCAAAGUACUUUACUCCCAUCCUCAAGUUGUAAGGCAAUUGCGAAAAUUGUGAGGAAAUUUAUCUGGGAAAAUUCAGAGGAACACGGGCGUAAGUCUCAUUUAAGUGGACUGACCUUUGUCAACCAUUAUCUCUUGGAGGCUGUGGGCUUAUCAAUCUUGACGGCCAAAACAAGGCUUUCCUCUCCAAAUUGGCUUACAAAAUUGUUGCAGAACUGGAUCAUUAUGGGUGCGUGUUCAAAGAGGUAAAUAUGGUCUCAAUGGCUUAACUCCUUCAAACCUCACUUUAACUAACUCGUCCUAACCUUUGGAAGAGCUUCGCAAGUGUAUGGUCAGAUACUAUGUUGUAUGUUAGGUGGACACCGGGAGAUGGUCACCAGCUUAAAUUUUGGAAUGAUUUUUGUGUAUGUGACUUGGGACCCUUGAAGAAUCUCCUAUGCUUAGAUUGAUGAGUCUGAACAGCAAAAGUCUAUUUCUGACUUUCUUACACCGGAUGGGCAAUCGAACUGGAAUCUUUUUUCUCAUCUGUUGCCGAACUCACUGUUACAACAAAUUCGUGCUACAAUGGUGACUCCUACUAACCCUAACCCGUCUUGCUUCUGGCAUCUUACCUCUAAUGGAACUUUCACAGUUAAAUCUGCUUAGCAAGCAUUUCGGUCCCUGAGUUGGAAUGAUGAAAGACCCAAGAUGGGGCCGCAUGUGGAGACUCCCUUGUAACAGAGUUAGAACUUUCAUUUGGUUACUGCUCAAAGGUAGACUUCUAUGUGGAAAUGAAUUCCCAUUUCCACUCCAAAAAAAAAAAAAAAAGUACAUGUUGCAGAGUAGUCCUAUUGUAAGGGAGGUUGUCAAUCGUCUUAAACUCGAUGUCCUUAUCAUGUAGGGCUAGCCAUACUGUGCAAGUGUUGGUUUUUCUAAACACAUGCUCAUAAGUAACAUACUAGUCCCUCAUCAGAAUCUCCCAAAUCAAAUUUAAAAUAAUGAUGAAAGGGUGAUUUCUUGAUUGCUGUUAUGUAAUCAGAGUUUGGAGUUUUCACGAGUCUCUGCACAAGUUAACUAUUCUGCAUCCUUGGUUCCAUUCUUUGAAGCACGCCAAAAUCAGCGCUGUGUCCAUGUCAGAUAUGUAUCUGACAUGGACACGUGUCUUGUACGCGGAUGCAGCGUCUCCCUUCUUUCUUUCUUUCUUUCUUGGUUUUUUUUUUUUUUUUUUUGCAAAAUGAGCGGACAUGGGCGGCAGCAAGCGGACAUGGGUUGACGCGGUUAGGAUGUGAAGCGUCGAGGUUUUGGGGUUUUUUUUUCCACUAGAUGCCCUACUUCACGAAUGUCAACCGAUCCCUUUCAUUCCCAAGUCCUUUGCCUGACUUGUGUUGCUCUGCUCUGACCCAGUGACCCUCCACUGCUGUAGACCGCCGUCCUUCCCUCCUACUCCGUCGAGCUCGAGCAAGGUUAUGAAUAAGAAUGAGGAACUAGCAGGUGACAAGCAGCCUUCCAAGGGGGCCAUUCCUGAACCGCAUACAAUCCAUGGUCAGCUUAUCGAAGCCCUUGGGAUUGUUUCACCACCCCUUGAAAUAGUCGAAGGAAUUUUUGAGCCUUUAGCUGAACUGAAAUUAUAUACAAGACAAGGAAAAUAAUGAACUGUGACAUUGAAACUGUACUUUGAAACAAUGGGCUAUCAAAACUGCAUAUUUUGAAAAAUUUGUGAGACAACUCAAACUCCUUGUAAUAGAUCAACUAUUGUUAAUAAAUAAAGCUAGUUUUCUUUAAA